GUUCUCUCCUUCCUCCCCAUGGAGAAGAGCGGCCAUGAGAGCGGCAUGGACGGCAGCUCUCAAUUUGACAGCUCUUCAGCGGUGGCCGCCCAGCCCGAGCCAGAGCCGUCGAAGUUCGACGGACCAUGCGGGGAUCAGCGAAGGACCACUGACGGCGGCACAGCGAGAGGUAGUGGAGCUUCCGAACCGGAGCCCGAAGACGCCGCCAGGCCACCUGCAUGCUCCUCGGCUGAGCCAGAUACUGCUGCACACGAACCUGAGCCAGAACCGGACACGCUCAUACUCUGUGAUUUCGACGACACCAUCUGUAGGCAAUGCAGGCAGAGAACACACUCAUCCCAUGGAUGGAUUGCUUUCAAUGUGGGUUCUCCUCCUCUCUCAGUUCCGACCACUGUAGUCAUGGCCACCGGCGGCAAGCUGCAGAAGGCUGAGGGCGGCAAGUGGGCGGCCGACCUGCUGCGGGCGGCUGACAAGCUCAGCCAGGUCACCAUCGUGUCGAAUGCGUCGCCCAGAUGGUAACACAAACACGCACACACACAAAAACUCUCACACGGAGCCAUAUGCCACACUCCACGAGUGGACAUGGCUGCGUUGACUUUGUUUGUCAGGUUGCGUGAGGCGUUGCAGACUGGUGGAUAUGAGGAGGUCCGGCGUGUGCUGCAGCAGCAGAGCAUUCCCGUCAUCUCCGCCCGUGAACACGCCCACAUCAACGGCCGGGGCAAGACGUCGUCGACCCGAUGGAAGGCAAACACAGACAGACAGACAGACAGACAAAGGACGUUUGCAGGGAGGGAGGGAGGGAGGGCGCCAUCGUGUGUGUGUGUGUUCUGUGCAGGUAUCGUGUCUGGUGGAUCUGUUGGCGGUGUAUAGAGGAAGGGGCAUUCAUUUCGGCCGCGUCAUGACCAUCGGCGACUCGACAGCGGACAUGGCUGCCCUCGAGGCCAACAGGAGGUACACAGAAAAGACACACACAUGAAAUGGUGUCUUGCUUCUCCCUUGUGUAUUUGUGUGUGUUGUUGUUGCAGCGUGUUGCCGAACGUGCUCUUGGUGAAGGUGAAGCUGGUCGACAAGCCGUCUGAGCACACACUCGCUCUGGUGAGACACACACAGACACACAUGUGCUGACCUCUUUCUCUCCAUCCAUCCGUGUGUGUGCAUGGCUUGCUGCUGGCAGGAACAGCGCUGCCUGACGAAGAGUCUGGAGCGUCUGACCCGCUCGCCACACGAAGACUUUCACAUCAUGGUCACACACACACACACACACACAGACAAGGACGCAUCUAAUUUUGUUUACCACAUUGGUGCAGAUGGUCAAGUCGAGUCGCGAGGCCAGCAGUUUCUCCGAGGCCAUUCUGGAACAACGGAACACCAAGCCCGGCCACAACACGUAUGCGCACAUACACAUCAAUCAGCACACAUCGACACACACACACGUCUAUGUGUAUGUGUGGGUUUUGAUUGUCCCCGUCUAUGUCAUGUCUCCCCCACCACACACAGGUACUUCGACAUGUGUCAGGAUAGCGGUCUGGCAGCUCCCUCAAAGGACCCCCACUGCAUCUACGACUGCAUGGUGUCCGUCACGGACCGCCAGCAGCAUGCCAUUGGGGGCAUCAGUGAGGUGGCAGUGCUGCGCAAACAAGUCGAGGCCUUGCGGAAGGAAAACGACUAUAUCAAACAGGAGAGGGAUGCCAUCAAACGGAAGAAGGACAGGUACACACAGGCGAUCGUCCAUUAGUUCGUCUGCCCAUACAUGUAUUCCAUAUUCGUCCAGGCUAGAGGAGGAUUGUGACAGCACCGACUGCGAGAUAUGCAUGGCGCCGAAGAAAUCCACGGUCCUCAUUCCCUGUGUAAGCCAACAUGCACACCUCGACUCACAAGUGACUUACAUCGCGCAUCUGUCUGUUUUGUCCUGAUGUGUGGUGUGGAUGGCGUACAGCGUCAUUUCUCGCUGUGCGGCGAGUGUGCAGCGACCCUGAUGCGGUCUCCUGUCGACCAGCAACUGUGUCCGCGGUGCAGGCAGCCCAUCAGAACAACCAAACAUGUCUUCCUGUGACACCGGUCCGACAGGCAGGACAGGCAGACGGGCGUGUGUCUGCAUACCUGAGGGUCGCGUGUGGGGAUGGAUGGACGGACGGAUGGAUGGAUGGGUGGGUGCAAUGAAUCACACGGAGAGAGGGAGAGAAGAACAUCCUGAAUGCGGGGUGGAUGACGAUCGAU